GAACAGUAGCUUGGGGAUUCCGGGGGUUCCAACUGGGUGAUAUCGCAUCCGCACCACGCGGGGACCUCAUGUUCACAGGCCAGUACUAGUAACUAACUCGAAUAAUAGAGGGAAGCUAGCAAUUAUCACUCCUCGCUAGGGUUAAUAUGCCACGAGUUCGAAUUAAUUUUCGAGCUUUCAAAGAUCGAAUUCUUCAAUUAUGGUUAGAAGAAGGCAACUCACAAGAAGAAAUCCUACAUUUUCUUCGAAGUAGAUAUAACCUUAAUGUUGGUUUACGCACUCUUCAACGACAACUCCAACGAUGGGGCUUUCGCAAGAAUGAGUCAAAUAUCGAUCUCAUUGAGGCGGAGAUCCGCCAGCUCUUCGAAGUAGGGUUAUCAUAUGCUUCUAUCAUUGAUUAUUUAAGCGAAGAACGACCAGAGAUUAACAUAUCGAGACGAUCCUUAGAACGUAAGCUGAAAGAAUGGGAGAUGGCUCGUUACGAGAGACUCGACUACAGCCCGGAACUCGUAAACAUCAUACGAGAUUACUUUUAUAAAGAAGACUGUCGCGACGACUUAAUCUUGACCUACUUACAGCAUCAGCAUGGGAUAGUGAUUGGCCGUGCCUUCCUUAUUCGGAUCCGAAUGGAGAAUGGCAUGAGAAGACGAACUAAUGACCCACACCAACGACUACGUGACAUGAUGGAAGUAGACCGAUUUAUCAAUAACUACGAACAGACGUCAGAUGCUUUCGGGGAGUUGGGGAGAGAUGGCGUUCGGAGACGUAUUCGCAGGCAUGCUCAUAUCCCCAUCACAAGAAGCGGAUCGUAUAACGUAUAUCGUCAGCGAUAUCCCGAAGCCGUACGACAGCGUCGCAAUAAUAGGCCAGGUAACGAGGAGCGGAGAGGUAGAAGGUUUACAGUUCCGGGACCAAAUUAUGUAUGGUCUAUGGACGGUCAUAUGAAGCUUCGCUUUGCCGGAUUUGAGAUUUACGCUUGUAUCGAUGCGUACUCACGCAAGAUCCUUUGGUGCAACGUCAGCAGAUCCAACUCUCUUCCGAUAAACGUGCUGAACCAAUAUCUGCUCUCUAUUAAAACGUUGGGGUUCCGACCAUGGCUCACCCGAACAGACCAUGGAGUCGAAACGCCGCUUAUGGCAAUGGCGCACUUUCAAUUAGCUAUGCACAACAAGCCCACUGUAAUCGUGAGGGACGCGGACGGUAUAAAUCGCGAACGGGCACAAGGCCAUGUAUUCUGGGAUUCCCAUAGAUGGGGUACCAGUAGGCAGAAUAGGAAGAUCGAACAAUGGUGGGAGCAACUCCUUCGGAAGGUUGUACGCCGCUGGAUUGCAUACUUCGAAUCUCUCGUUAACACGGACAGGUUUGAUAGAAACUCGAUACCGGACCAAGUCGCUUUAUAUGCUAUAUAUGGGGAUAUCCUGCGACGAGAGAUCGCCGAGUUUGUUGAGGAUUGGAAUACUCAUCGAAUUCGGUACCAUCCAGGCAUGAACCAUGUUGUCACCGGCCAGGUGAAUGAGAUGUGGAAUAAUCUCGGAAAUACUGGCGUGUCCGACUAUGGACAGAGUGUCAGAGGCGAUCUAGAACUGGAAGAACUGGUGGAACAACUGAGCGCCCCGUUGUAUGGGUAUGACUUCGAUAGUUUUCUCGCGCCAGAAACGCAGCGUGUCUGCGAUGAAUGGCUAGCAGAACACCCGUUAGGGCAUAUAGGGGAUCGAAGACACCCGUAUAUCGAGAGCUAUCUUGGCUUGAAAGCUCACCUUGAACAACAUGUAGCUAAUGGUAGAGAACCGCGGUUAGCGUUCAACGAGUUUCCUCGUGGUGGACCGAGAUGGUAUAGGGAUCAAUUGAAUAUCCAUAGAGAGCAUAUGGAAGCAGCUCGAAGAGAGGUACAGCUCAGAGGACGCGAGGUUGACGAGCUUGCUGAUUGGUUUGAAGAAAAUGUUCUUAUCGUGUAAUAUUAUCUCAGUUAGCUCAGACUAGGCCCCUCCCAUCCAUACUGAUUUUUAGCCAAUUAAAUCUCUCCCCGC